GCAGGACAUUUCUUCAUUCCGUACACCUGCGCUGGUGACACGCGGCGGCUCCGUGACCACUCGGUCGCUGGCUCGGUCGGUUGCUAGCUCAGCAGCGUCGUAUCCGACUUAGAAAGGUUAGCCAGCGGUGUCGGACCGUCGUGUCUGUUCACAUCCUGGAAUGGAAGUGCUUGGAGAGCAGUACUACAGAGACGCCAUGGAGCAGUGUCACAACUACAACACCAGGCUGUGUGCUGAGAGGAGCGUUCGGAUGCCAUUCCUCGACUCUCAGACCGGUGUUGCUCAGAGCAACUGCUACAUCUGGAUGGAAAAGAGACACAGAGGACCAGGCAUGGCUCCAGGACAGCUCUACACUUACCCAUCCAGGAGGUGGAGGAAGAAGCGGAAAUCUCAUCCUCCAGAGGACCCCCGGCUUAUCUUCCCUCCUGUCAAGUCAGAGCUUGAUUUAGGACUGAAGAAGGAUGCUGUGUUGUCGUCGGAUGGCAGCAGCCUGGAGGCCCUGCUGAAGGGGGAGUCUCUGGACAAACGGACGGCUGUAGACGUCCGAGCAUCUGAGGAAGACUCAAACAUGAGUGAUUACACAGGAGGCCUGAACCCCGCCACCCGGAUUCGAAAGAGAAUUCUCGAACCAGAUGACUUCCUGGACGACCUUGAUGAUGAAGACUAUGAGGAAGACACGCCAAAAAGAAGAGGCAAAGGGAAAGGGAAGGGGCGAGGGGUGGGCAGCGGCAGGAAGAAGCUGGACACGUCAGCACUGGAGGACAGAGACAAGCCGUACGCCUGUGACAACACUAUCAAACAAAAGCAUAUUUCAAAACCUUCUGAAAGAGUCUGUGGUAAGCGCUACAAGAACCGUCCUGGCCUCAGCUACCAUUACGCCCACUCCCACCUGGCUGAGGAGGAGGGUGAGGAGAAGGAAGACAUGGAAAUCAAUGAGCCUCCCCUGCCACUGCCUGAGGAGCCAAAGACUCCAAAGAAAGGUCCAGACGGUCUUGCGUUACCCAAUAAUUACUGUGAUUUCUGUCUGGGAGACUCCAAAACCAAUCACAAGACUGGGCAGUCAGAGGAGCUGGUGUCCUGCUCUGACUGUGGACGCUCAGGCCACCCUUCCUGCCUGCAGUUCACCCCUGUCAUGAUGGCAGCUGUGAAGACGUACCGCUGGCAGUGCAUAGAGUGCAAGUGCUGCAACAUGUGUGGCACCUCAGAGAAUGAUGAUCAGCUUCUGUUCUGUGACGACUGUGACAGAGGUUAUCACAUGUACUGUCUCAACCCACCCAUGUCUGAACCUCCAGAAGGGAGCUGGAGCUGUCAUCUAUGUCUGGACCUUUUGAAAGACAAGGCCUCCAUAUACCAGAACCAGAACGCCCCACCAUCGUGAUGGCCGCUCCGGCCCGCACACGCACUCAUCACCCAACCGUCCCGCAGCAGAUAACCUCCCCUGACAAGCUGGCGUCAGAGGAGUGUGUUCUGGAAAGACAAAUUGUGAAAAGGGAAGUAUAAUCAAUAUACAGACUGGCCUGAAUUAGCAUCAGAUAUGACUGUUACACAGUUCCAACCUCAAGAUUAUCAAUCCCAGAGAUUUUUCUGUUCACCGCCUUGCCACAUAGCCAAUUUUAGCAGCACUCAUUUUAACUAGAUAGGAUGCAGACAUAGCCAAAUGAUCACUUCCUGUUCAGCUUUUUUACACAUACACAAAGAUGCUACAACCUCCUUUAUCUCUAUCCUACAAUGUUUAUGACUAGAGCAGAAACAGAGCUCAUUGAAGUCAAACAGCAUGCCAAUGCUUGCUCAUAGUAAAAAGAUAAAGACAUUUUAUAAUAUUUAUAUAUUUCUAUGGUAUAUAAUAGUGUUCAGUAUGUACAAAUUGGAAAAAAUGGUCUUGAGAAGGUCUUUUUUUCUUUUAGUGCCCAUCUUAUAAUUAUGGGAUAAAUCCACAACCACAUGUUCUUUUGUGGUACUGCUGAUUUGUUUUCUAGAGUCAAAGGGAUGUGCUUAGACUGUAAAUGAUUUUCUACUGCCAUUGGCUACACAGAGAAAAAAAGUAAGAAAUAUGAGUAAAAACCGUGACACACUUGUCAAAGUGGCUCCAAAGGCUGAGCAGCGUCAGGGAAGGCAGGUUAGACUUUGUGUAGUUGUUUAACCAUGUGUGCUAAGGUCUCAUCAAGCUGCACACAGGGCUCACAUGUGUAUAGUUCACUCAGCCUUUGGGGCCAUUUUUACAAACGGUUGGCUCUUCACUCUGGUCCUGAGGACACAAAGCAGACUUGAUGUCAGUGCGUGACAAGCCCACAGUUAAGGCUGUUGCACAGGUGUAAUCAUACUUAUUUUAAUUCCACUCAAAAUCAGAUCCUGUUGGCAUUAUCAGCCAGGUAAAGGGAUAAUGGCUGUGUUGUAGCAGUUUGCUGAUCGUGCACCGUAUCCAACAUCUUUUGAUGUUGUGACACCUCUAGGUUGUUUUAAUACAGGUGGUCACUUGCUGUCAAAGCAAAAGCAAUAUAAGAGCCCCUGUAGGCUGCUGGGAAGAUAUGGUUUCUGUUAGUGGAUAAUGUGAGAUACUGUAAAUUUUCUUUGUCUGAAAAUGCUAUUACAGAUAGUGGCAGCAAGUAAUGGCUCCAUUCUGUAGAGAAGAGAUUGUAAAGUGUAUUUGUAUAGUCCUGGGGAAAUGGCUCUUUUUUUUUCUUUUUCUUUUUUUUUUGUCAGCGCUUUCAUAAUUUUAUUAUGCAAUGGUUUCCUUCUGUGGCAAGGCUAAAGACAAACGCUGGCUGAACUGCUGAAGCAGUUACUUUACCUCAAACAGAAACAGUAUUUUAAGGGUUAAACAUGCUGUAGAUGGACAGGGCACAGGCAGGGGGACAGAUAGUAAGGACGGCUGCAGCGUCUGCUUCAGUAACUGCAUAUUCUACGGUUAAACAAGUGCAUGUUGGGUAAUUGUGUGCACUCUCAUAUCUACAUAGUUAUCUCAGCGUUAGGUCGGCAAAGGUGUUGGGAAGUGUAAUAUAAAUUAACCAUGCUAUCAUGUCUUUUCAAUAGCCAACUAACAAUUACUAAAGCAUUACACAAGUAUAACUUGGUUUAUUUUCUCAUCACAUUUUAAACUUACAGUUUUAUCUAGAGACAGCGGCUACUAGAAUAUUUUGCUGGUUGUUUUUGUAUUCAUCGAUGAUGUUUGCGUACCUGAUGUGUGGGACGUUUUGGGACUUGAGUGGAAGCUGCUUUUUAGUAAAUCCUGUGGUCAUGGUCUCUACAGAGCUGCUCUCUUCCAAACCUCAAAAUAAGAGAUUCCUUGUGUAAUUAAGAUGCUGAAUGGUUCCAAACAAGCAGCAAAUUAGAGUCAUGUAAUUAGGUUUAAAAAUUAUAACAAACAGAUUGUGAUUUUCUUGUUUUUAGUUUUGGGAGAGAAUUUAUUAAGCUAGCAAUGAUUGAAUCCAUAUCACAGGUUUACAGAGUUAAGGUGAAUUCUUUUAAGGUGGACUUUCAUUUAGAUUGUGAUGGAAUGUUUUAUUGUUCAGAAAUGUCUUCAGGAAAAUAAAAUACUAGGCACUAUAA